CCUACUACGAAUUGCUCUACAAUCACAUGCAUGAUCCCAGACCUCAGACGUGGUACCCCACAUUUAAGAAACUCAGCGAAGUUAGAAAACGCGUUCUGGCCAAACACGACGGAGGCGUCAUAGGCGACUACCUUUGCCAAUAUGGACCCUCGGCGAUGCACCUCAUGACAAUAAUCUACUAUCCGAGCCCUUCUGUUAGAAUGGAGCUGGCGGAGGAGAUGAUGAUGGAUCCAAUAUGUCAUGAAAUGACUCAUUUGAUCAAGAACAUCGAAUGCAAAGGAAUGCUACCCGUGCCUGGUUUGGAAUGCAGAUUUAAGUGAAACGAAAGCUGUGGACUGUAACCUAAGAGAAAUGCUCUUUUCUGCAUGUAUUUCCUUUUUAAUGCCACAGCUAUAGCUUAUGCCUAGCAUAGCCACAGUUUCUGGCUGCAUUGCCUCAAUAUGCUACCAAGACUUACACACAACGAUAUGUAUAAAUUAAAUCAAGUUAAUGUAGUAGUACACUGGUAUUCUGCACUAGAAUUAUCUUCUCGUAAAAAUACAUUUACACUCCGCCGCACCGAACCCUUUCCGAUAAAUCAAUUUUCAUAUAACACGUUUCUUUUAUAUAAUCCUUAUAUUUAGCAUAUUAGUAACUGGAAUUUAUCCAUAUCAGCAAUAAUCUUGCUGUUUUUCUAUAUGGGGGUUUCUCAAGUACUUUCUUGUGUAUACACGCGUAGUAGGUUUGUCUAUUGUCUGAAUAUGUUUGGUUAGAUCACUCCUAAGACCAGGCUAGACCGUGCCCCGUCCAUUUAUUUCAUGUUCAAUUACGAAACAAUAAGUGAGUAUACUGUUCUGUCCAC